AUGUCAGUUGAUGAUCUGAAAUUAAAGGGAAAUGAGGCGUAUAAAGCCAAAGACUAUGAAGCUGCCGUCCAGUGGUAUACUAAAGCUUUGGACAUCAAUCCCAAAUCAGAGGAAUCCGCAUCUGUAUACUCAAACCGGGCAGCCUGUUGGCAGAGCAUGAAUAAUUAUUCAAAAGCACUUGAAGAUGCUGAGCAGUGCAUCAUUGUUAAACCGUCGUGGGUUAAAGGACAUUACAGAAAAGCUCUCGCGCUUCAAUCCAUGAGUAAAUAUGAUGAAGCGCUAAAGGCUUUUCAAGAUGCUUUAAAAAAUGACCCUGGUAAUCAAGAGAUACAGGAAAGAGUGCAGGAUGUGAAUAACACAAUAAGAGAACGUGACAACAAGGCAGAUCCCGCAACCUGUAAGUCUUCUGAUGAGGCCAAGCGCAUUGGUGGUUCUCUUUUUGCGGCAGGUAAGUAUGAUCGAGCUGCGUUAUUUUACUCACGUGCCAUUGAACUUAGUACUGAAAGCAAUAAGGAUCUUGCUAUUUACUACGCAAAUCGUGCGGCCUGUUAUCAGCAAAGACAUGAUUAUCAACUUGUUAUCAGUGAUUGUGAUAAGGCGAUUGAAAUUGAUCCCAGUAAUGUAAAGGCAAUCAUUCGCCGUGCGAUUGCCUACGAAGGCAUUGAAAAAUGGAGUAAAGCUUUGAGUGACUAUAAUCAGGCUAACCAACUUUCUCCAGGAAUGCCUACCGUGUCGCAGGGUGUACUGCGUUGUCAGCGUGCGUUGCGAGGGUAA